GAUUGGUUUUCGAUUGGUCCGAAUCCCCAGAAGAACUGUUUUCAUAUGAACACUCUUCAUCAUCCUCAAAAGCAGGAACAAGCAGAACAACUAGAACAAGACCAAGAAGAAGAAGCGAGACACGAAUGGGAUCUUUCUCUCUCCACUGUCGUCUCUUCUUCCUCCUCCUCUGCUUCCGACGUUGUCGGAGCUAUUGAGUUCGACCCGUCUGAUAACAUCCUCGCCACCGCCGGAAUCUCUAGAAAGAUUCGUUUUUAUUCCCUCCCUUCUCUCCUACGAACCACCGCCGGACUCUACGGCGGCGGCGGAGGAGGAGUUAACUUCGUCGAUCAGGUUACUGCUUGUGAGUAUUACAUAUGCACUCCGGCGAAGCUUAGUAGUCUCCGGUGGAGACCCGGGUCGGGAGGUCGGGUCAUCGGGUCGGGUGAUUACGACGGCGUUGUGACGGAGUACGAUCUCGAGAAGAGAACGCCGGUUUUCGAGCGGGACGAGCACGGCGGCCGCCGUGUCUGGAGCGUGGAUUACACUCGCCACGGCGGCGGAGCCGCCGUGGGAGCGUCGGGAUCGGACGACGGAACUAUGCAGGUAUGGGAUCCGAGGUGUUCGCCGGAGGAAUCUGUCGGCGUUGUCCGGCCGGCGGGGAUUUGCCGGAGCGCCGUCUGCUGCGUCGAGUUUGAUCCCUCCGGCGGACACGCGGUGGCUGUGGGAUGCUCUGAUCGGAGAGGGUACGUGUACGAUAUGAGGAGACUCGUUGACCCGGCGUUGACUUUGCAAGGACAUAGCAAAACGGUGUCGUAUGUGAGGUUUUUGGACGGUGGUACGGUGGUGACGGCAGGUACGGAUGGUUGUCUGAAGAUGUGGAGCGUGGAGGAUGGGCGCGUGAUGCGGACGUACGAGGGGCACGUGAAUAACCGGAACUUCGUGGGGUUGUCUGUGUGGAGAAACGGCGCGCUGUUUGGCUGUGGAUCGGAGAAUAACAGGGUGUUCGUGUACGAUAGGAGGUGGAGGAAGCCGGUUUGGGUAGACGGGUUUGAACCGGUUGGUAUGACUUCUGGUUUGGAUAAGCGGUUCGUGAGUAGCGUUUGCUGGAGGCAAUCGGGUGUGGACCAGUGUACGCUAGUGGCUGGGGGAUCUGAUGGAGUGUUGCAGGUUUACGUGGGCAAAAGAAAGCCAUAAUAUUAUUCUUGUUACUGUAUCUUUUUUAUGAAUUUAUGAUGCUUCUUCUUAAUUUCCUACAUGAGAUUGAUUUUUGCUGCAUUGUGAGGGCGUUUUGAUCUGUCUUGUUUUUAUUUAUAAAGGAUUUUUACGUGUUCUAUGUUUUUUAAUGUAAUAUUUAGUCUUUUUGUUGUUU